AUGGAGGAGGAAUGUCAACUAUUCAACACGGAGGCAGAGGUCGAUAAGCUGGAACUGAUGUUCCAGAAAGCUGACUCUGAUCCGGAUUACAUUCAGUACAGGUUGGAAUAGGAAAUCAAGACUAAUUAUCCUGAUUCAGCAGGCAAGAAAAAUCCAGUUACACUCUUAAAGGAAUUGUCAGCAAUAAAGUCUCGAUAUCAAACUCUGCAUGCAUGCUUUAAACCACUCGCUGUGGAGCACAAAGAGACUAAGAGCCGCAUUUGUGCUACUUUCAAUAAGACUAUGACCUUGAUACAAGAACUACAAAAGCAAACAGACCUGAAGCUCUUACCACUGACUGAAGAAGAGAAAACUGCGGCCGAGCAAUUAAGAGCUCACAUAUCAGACUUAUGAUGAAGAAAUGGACUUGCAAAAGGGAACCCUAAUGGGGAAGAGAUCAAUUCCAGAGAGAUUUAGGAAGAUGUCUUGUUAGCAUUUGAUGACCGUUGGUGGGGGGGAUGACAAAGGAGAUUUGGCUUGGGUUACUGGACAGUGAUGCCUGCCACAAGAGAAGGGAAUACGAGAAGAAGGGCAAAUAUUGUACUCAUAAUGUUCGGCCAAAGGGAUGGAAU